AUAUUAGUAGUACUUUGACAUGGGGUUUGGCACUCAUGUUUUGGCAUUAUUAUUGGUGUUUACAUUAACACUGUUAAUAAUAGCCAAUGGCGAUCCUCAAGUCCCUUGCUACUUCAUAUUUGGUGAUUCCUUGAUGGAUAAUGGUAACAACAAUAAUCUUCUUACGCAAGCCAAAGUUAACUUCCCACCAUAUGGAAUCGACUUCCCUGAUGGCCCAACCGGCCGGUUUAGCAAUGGCCGAAAUAUUGCUGAUGUUAUCGCUCAAUUACUUGGGUUCAAGAGUUCCAUUCCGCCGUUUGCAACUGCAAAAGGGGAAGAACUUAUAAGCGGGGUAAAUUAUGCGUCUGGCGCAGCUGGAAUUCGAGAUGAGACCGGACUACACAUGGGUGGAAGAAUAUGCUUGGGAAACCAGAUAAAAAAUCAUUUGAUCACCAUCUUACGACUAUCCUACUUGAUUGGAAAGGGAAGUCUUGUGGAGACAAGGAAAUACCUAAGCCAGUGCAUAUAUACCGUCGGAAUGGGUAACAACGACUACAUUAACAACUACUUUGUUCCCAAAUACUAUCAGACAAGUAUUCGAUACACUCCCGAACAGUAUGCACAAGUCCUCAUCAAACAAUAUUCAGCACAACUUCAGGAAUUGUACAGACAUGGAGCCAGAAAGUUUGGAAUUUUUGCACCUGGUCAAUGUGGUUGUACCCCGGGGAUGAUGGCCACUUAUGGUGUAAACUCAUGUGUGGAAGAGGUUAAUAACGCGAUCUUAUUAUUUAAUGCGCGUCUUAAUACCACUAUCGAUGAUCUAAACAAUAAACUCAUUGAUGCAAAGUUCGUCUUAAUCAACACUCUCCACGGGUAUCCUAAUGAUAUCAAUGUUACAGAUACACCUUGUUGUGAAAUUUCGAACACGAAUGGCAAAGGGAAUUGUAUUCCGAAUAAAGUCCCAUGUAGCAAUCGACAAAACUACUUUUUUUGGGACUCAUUUCAUCCGACCGAGAGAGUGAGCAUUUUAGACGGAACAAAGGCAUAUGAAAGUCUUUAUCCAUUGUACUCUUUUGAUGCUAUUUCAUCAUCUGCGAGCAACGAUACAGGCUACGUCAGUGAUGCUUAAUAGCAGGGCCAAACUCCCUUCUAUCAUGGAGCAAACGCGAGGGGUAUCGUUUUUUUUUUUAAUUUUUUUUUUUUUAAGUUUCAAAAAUAUUUAGCUUGUGCUUGAUAUUGAUUCGAAUCUUGGAAUAAAAUGCACGAGAAGUUUUAUUGCAAUAUAAAUAAAUUCAUCUCCAUCUA